UUGACGCUGGGCUUCGGUUGUCCCCUCCGGCUUGCCGUCCUCGCAGCCAUGGCGGCCGCCGCGCUCCCGGUGUGGCUGGCCUUGCAGCCGGGGGCCAGGGCCUUGCGUGCCUUCUCCACCGCCCUGACCCCGGCCACUCGCUCUCCGACGCCUACCCCGCAAGGAAAAUCCAGAAAUGGAAGGCCGCCAAAAAGAAAGGCAUUACCUCCUAGGACAGAAAAAAUGGCUGUUGACCAGGACUGGCCUAGUGUUUACCCUGUUGCAGCACCAUUUAAACCCUCUACAGUACCUCUUCCUGUUCGAAUGGGUUAUCCAGUAAAAAAGGGCGUGCCCAUGGCAAAGGAGGGGAAUCUAGAACUCUUAAAGAUCCCCAAUUUUCUGCAUUUGACUCCCGUAGCCAUUAAAAAGCACUGUGAAGCUCUUAAAGAUUUCUGCACUGAGUGGCCAGCUGCACUAGACAGUGAUGAGAAAUGUGAGAAGCAUUUUCCAAUUGAAAUUGACACAGCUGAUUAUGUUUCAUCAGGACCAUCUAUUCGAAACCCCAGAGCACGAGUAGUAACCUUAAGGGUUAAACUUUCCAGUUUGAAUUUAGAUGAUCAUGCAAAGAAGAAAUUUAUUAAACUUGUAGGAGAGCGAUACUGCAAGACCACAGAUGUACUUACCAUCAAAACAGAUAGGUGCCCAUUAAAGAGACAGAAUUAUGAUUAUGCAGUGUAUCUACUAACAGUUUUAUACCAUGAGUCUUGGAAAACCGAAGAAUGGGAAAAAAAUAAGACAGAAGCAGACAUGGAAGAGUAUAUAUGGGAAAAUAGUUCCUCAGAAAAAAAUAUCCUAGAAACACUUCUCCAAAUUAAAGCUGCUGAGAAAAAUAUGGAAGUAAAUAAAGAAGAGCUCCUUGGUACUAAAGAAGUUGAAGAUUACAAAAAGGCUGUUGUUAGUCUUAAGAAUGAGGGGGAUAAUGAAAAUACCCUUUCUCAGUACAAAGAAUCAGUGAAGAGACUAUUAAGUUUGACAUGAAUUAUGAAAUUUUAAAAAUCUGCUUGAUUUAUCUAUUUUGUGAUAUUUGUAAUCAAUGAUUAAUUUCAUAUAAAAUUGGAAAUGUGAAAAAAACUUGUUUUAUGUCAGAGUUAAAAUUAUUUAUUUCAUACUAUUGUACAGUGGCAACGAUUAUUCCAAAAUUUUCUUAUUUAUAUACUGCGACAAUUAGACUAAUUAGAAGGUCUUUGUGAUUUCUUGUUUUUCUAAAGUAUUUUGAUUUUAUUUCUGUAUAACAGCUUUAGUAUUCAUAUAUAUAUACACACACACACAUAUAUUUAAUUGUUAUUUGUCACCUGCUACAAUUUUUUCCUCACUAGUUGGCAUUUAGUGGAUGCUUUUGAAUUGUGGUUUUGAUUGUAUUGGAAGUUAGGACAAGAACCCAGUCCCCUGGCUCGCAGUUCGGUGCUCUGUUCACAUCACUGCUGUCUAUCCAAUUCGUCUUUCACAAUUGCCGAUUCUGGUUAGAAACAGGUCCUCGGGAGUAUUUUCUAACCUAAAAUUUUUGUUCCAUCUCUCCCUUUUGGGGGCAGUUUUUGUUGACUCCACUCUGUUCAGCACCUUACUUUCUAUAUUCUGGGGCUUUUUUUGCUAACCUCAAACUAGAAAAGUAGAAGUGGAGAUUAGCUGAUAUUCAUUUGGAUGCCCUAGUUAGAGCAGCCACAGCUCAGGAACAGUAUAAGGUAUAAGGACCUUGAAUUUAACUAGAGUAAUGACAAAAUGUAAACUAUCCUAAGAAAUGUUCCAUUCGGUUUAGCUGUAAAUUCAGAAUUUUUAAGUGUAUCUGUAAGUCAUUUCUUACCACUUCCAAAGUUGUUGACAAGCAAUUAAAAUCAAAACAAAGGAAUUAUUGAGUUGUUGACAAGUGAUUAAUUUAAAAUCAAAGUAAAGGAAUUAUUGAGAGUUUAUUUGCCUAACAGUUAUUUUGCCUAAUAAUUAGAGAAUACAAAUGAAAAUCAAAAGGAAUUUCAAAAUGAUUGCCUAAAACAUUUGUAUAAAGUGAAGGUAUGAUUUGGUAUUAGUAAGGCAAGGGUCUAUAGGUUAUAUAAGCAAUAAUAUGGCCUUGAGUACAAAAAGGAGAGAGAAAUGUUGUGUUCUUUUGGAUGGAAAUAGUGAGCGAAAAGCAAAAUGGAUAAAACUGAAUUUUUAAAUCAUAUUUAAAACAUACUUUAAGAAAUAUAAUGUGUCAGUACAUUUAGAGACUCAUAAGGAGUUAAAGAAAACUCAGAUAUAGAAAUAAGAUUGAGGAAGGAUACAUUUUGAAAACAGUAGAAACCAAGUUCAAGGGUUCAGAUCCUUGCCCAGCCAGCCACCAAAAAAUAUUUUUAAAUUUAAAAAAAAAAAAAAGUAGAAACUAAAGUGAUUAUUUGGGAACAUAGGAAGAGGUGGCAGGUUAGGGUGGUCCUUCCUGUGUAAUAAUACAUUGCAGAUAAAAGCAGAGGGAGCAAUGCUGUGUGGUAAAGAAUUUGACCUUUCCCAAAGAGAGGUCUGGUCUUUGUUCUUGGCUUCUAGGAGGUAAUCUGUGUCAUACCUGGUAGGAGUGUCUUUGUUUAAGGUAAGAGCCAGCCCAAGAAGAUCUGAAGUUGGAACUGGCCAUGCCAGAAAAACCAACCACAUGACUUAGGGUGGGGGAUUUGGGUCACACAAUAUCAGUUAUCAGUCCACCUGGCAGCUGAGAUUAACUACCCAGGCAUUCAAGGAAUCAAUCAUACCUACGUAAUGGAGCCCCAAUAAAAACUUUGAACACUGAGGCUAAGCAAGCUUCUCUGAUUGACAAUACUCUGCAUAUAUUGUCAUACACUGAUGUUGAGAGUAAUGUGUUCUGGCUUUAGGGGUAGAGGACACCAGAAGCAAAGCAAUUGGAACCUUUCUGGACUCAACUUUACGUGCUUCGUCCCUUGGGUGACUUUAAUCUGUAUCCUUUCCCAGUAAUAAACCACAAUCAUGAGUGUAAUAGUU